CCUAAAUUCUAAAAUGGAGAGCAAUAAUGAAGCUCUAAGUGAAGUCAGCAACAAUGUGUUUAACCUCAACUUGAGGAAUCCAUACAUUGCAGGAGACUCCAGCGAAGAUGACUACUUUGUUUAUGAAGACGAUAAGACCGAUAAGCAGGAUCAGCCACUGAAUCACAGCUUUGAGAAUAAUAGCUCAAAAUUUUACCGUGAAUGCUCAGGAAUCGACAAUGGAGACGUCCCUAGCCGCGCUCAGAGAUGGAUUGAGGAGAAGUUCAAGGACACUGACUCGGAGAAGACACACCUCUUUAUCGAGCAAAAGUUUGAUCACUUCUUCAGAGACUGUAGCUUCAUAAUCGAGCCAAAGGUUACCUCAUUAGGAUCCACUAAUGCGGGUGGGGGAAGCUCUUGUGAAUUUUCCCGUGAAGAUCUGAACGACAAUUCUUUCAACAAUUCUGAGGAUAAUUUUUCAGUGUACACAGACAAAGGAUCUGAGAAUAAAGAGAACAAGGAAACCACUCCAACUCAGAUUCACAAGCUCAAGAUCUCUAACUUUUGGAAGAGGGUGGAUAUGAGACAAAAGAAAGUUAUUAGAGGCCUCUUGGGACUCUCUAAGGACUACUUUAGAAGCAUGAUUGAAGCCAAGAGCCCAGGAAAUGAUGUCUUCCAGAUCUGGGACACCAAGCUGAGAACUACUUUCCCGCAACUUUACCAAGAGACUCGACUAAAACUCCUAGGUCACAUAAGUGUGAUGUGUCUGAGUUGGAAAUUUGCUGAUAAGAUUCGAUCCUGUGGUUUAUUCACCCAAGAAGAGAAAGAGAGUAUCAUCAAAUUAGGUGAAGAGUUCAAAGCCCAAAGAACUAAGUGCUCUAACUCCUCCAUCAGGAAGCUGAUACUAAACUGCCCUCUUGUUCAGAUAGGCAAGCUUCUUUACCAUACUUCCAAAACUUGAGAGGAAUCCUUCUGGAAUCAAAUCCUCGAGAGGAAGAAGAGCGAGAUAGUAGAGUUCAAGGUAUUCAAAGAAGCCCAUCUGAAGGACUUCCAGAAGAUCGAUGACAUCUCUUUCUCUGGAUCUAUUUAAACCCCAAAUUUAAUCAUAUUUUUUAAAAAUUC